GUAGACGUUGGAAUACAAUAAUGAAAACGUUUGCCAUGCAGGAUAGAAACCCUACAGGGACCUCUCUUCGAACAGCUACAACUAUAAGUAGCCAUCGAUGGAGAUGAAAAGCUCAGAAAAAAUAUAAAGCAAGCUACAAGUACGAGCAGCACAGAUACUUAUAGAGGUUUUACUGUAUUUUAUAUUGAUUAAUUGAUGGCAAUGGCUUCGGAAGUUGGCGGAUGGGAGGAGGUGCAGAAGGCAGAGGCUGACGAGAAGCUGGAUGGCACUUCUUACACGGAAAGCAAUGUCUCGGGCUCCGAUUCAAAAGUUUCUGACCUAACAAAAGAAGCCAAUGCGAAGACAGAGAACAAUGUGGAAGAUAAAGGAGAGAAGAAGAACGAAGAAACCUAUGCUGCUAUCGGAGAUGAAGAAGAAGAUGAUGAGAAGCUUCAAUGCCAUCAUAGCUCCGACUCCGACACUAAGUCUAAUGGCUCUGGAAAUAACUCCGACCACAGCUCUAAAUCAGCCACUCAAACCAAUUCCAAGGAGAAAGCUUUGAAGAAGAAACAAAAGAAAAGAGCUCUGAAAGGGAGAUCAAAGAAACAAACAACUGAACCGAAAGCUGAAGACGAGCUUGAAUGCCGCAGCGGUCAUUCGAACACCAAUUCUGGAGCAGAUUCAGACAACAGUACUAAAUCGAACUCCAGCUCCAAAUCUAACUCUGGCCCCAAAUCUGGCUCAAACUCGGGAAACGAGAAAAAGAAGGAAAAGAAAGAGAUUUCCGAUCAAAAGAAAGGUGAAAGCUUCAAUGAACAGAAGGAAACUGCAGAGGAGAAUAAGCUCACUGAAGCUGCAGAUGAAACUAAAGCAAAGGGUGAAAGCAAUAGCGAAAUUACAACAGCAAAGGAAAAGAAGGGAAUAAUUGGAAGGAUCAUUGAAAAGCUGCCGGUUUAAUAGUAGAAAUGGCCAAUGAAUGCUGCUAUCACAUAAUGGGCUUGUUUAAAUAAAUUUGAAGUCAUAUAUGUUGGUUUUACGCAUUUGAUGAUUGUCUUUGUCUAAGGUGUGUGUGCUUUGUGUGACUGUGAAGAAUAUGGUUUGUUAAGUAUGAGAGGCAUUAAAAGCCGUUAUAUGGUUAUAUGCCAAUGUAAAUAAAUCUUUGCAUAAAUGAAAUUAUGAAAUUUUUACA